AUGGGCACUCCGGAACCCAAGUACUCGUUGAGCGGGCAUUGCUCGGUCAUCCACGACGAAACGCUAUAUGUGUAUUCGCCAACUGGCUUCCAAUCGUUGAAACUUGAAGAGGGGGCAGAAUGGAAGGCAUUGCCUAUGGACAUAUCGUUGACGGGCGCGCAAUGCGUCAAGGCUGCAGGAAGUAAAGAUGACGAUGCUAGGCUUUACAUUGUUGGAGGAGUUGUCAAUGCGACAGCCUCGACAUGGAAUUACCCCGGACUGAUGCACUACUCGUUCUCCCAGAAGAAGUGGGAUUGGGUUCGUGCCGAAAGCUGGAACACACAAAACCGCCAGAACCAUGGCGCCGUCUACAUCCAAGACUCGAAGAAGAUUCUGGUCUACGCGGGAUCACAAACAACUGGAGACGUUGCACCUUCCACCCAAUCGUUCCUCUUCUCCACCGUAUCACCUUACUUGGUUGAAAGCUUACCAUCGAAUGGCGCACCUCCCGCCGUAGACCCCUUGUUGCUUUCGUCGGAUUCCAGUUCGGCGGUGAUGGUCGGCGGUGGUGCGACAAACACUGCCGUGUGGAAGUUUAGCGAAGAUGAAGGAUGGACGAACAUGGGCGUAACUCUUGAGCAGCCCAUCGUGAGUCAGGAGCAUGUCCAGUGCACUGUGGUUACCGGAUCCAACGGCAUGAAAGUUCUGGAAAAGUUCGAUAUGAGCGUCUCGCCCAACGAGAUCGAGCGUAUUGUGCUUUUGGGCAAAGACGGAAAAGCCGCUGCCACCGGAACGACUAUCGGCGACAAGGCAAAACGUUUUACAGUAUCGAACUGGCCAGACUACAACUCGACCCUUGCCCCGAUGUCACAGAGAUCGGGCUACUCUCUUGCGCAAGGCGACGAUGGCAUGACCGUUGCGAGUGGAGGAAACGAGACCGAACCGCUUGUCAUUUUCAACGCAAAGGCGAAUUCCUGGGUCAAUGCUACUGCCAUGUUUGAUGGACAGCAGAUCCUCACAGACUCGGUUACGUCAAGCAUAUCUUCGUCGACUCCAACAUCAACGGCUAGUGCCACAGCUUCUAGUGGAGCAGCCGCAGCGGCUGCUCCCGAUAACAAAUCCAGGAUGUUGACUGUCCUCGGAGCGACACUUGGCACUAUCUUUGGUAUUGCAGCAAUCUUGGUUCUACUCCUCCUAUUUCUCAAGUUCAGGAAGAACAAGAGGAAGCAAAGCCAGCAACCAGGAUCCGCGGAGAAGGACAAGGACCGUCUUAGCUUCGCUGACCGUGGGGCCGAGUUUAUGAAAGAAGCCGGCGGAUCAGUAAUAUCCCACAACUACACUUUGAACAACGAUUCCCACUCCUCGUUGGCUAUCAUGCAGGGACGAGGAGCAGGCAAUCACAAGAAGAACAUGGCAAGCGAUGCCAGCACAGCAGGUCUGGUCAAGCAGUCUAGCCCGCUGGCGUACACACAGCCAGUCGAGCUGUCGAAGUUUGACCUGAAGCCUGAACCCAUCGUACGACAAAAUUCCAGCCGGACGCCACAUGGUGCCCCGGUCAGUGCCCGAGCUCGUAGCUCUGGAUGGAGCAAAUACUUCGCCAACAAUGAAGCCACGAACCUUGCUAACAUGCCAGCCGACCGAUCAACAUAUGCCUCCGACCGGACAAGCACAAUAAGCCAGUCAGAAUACACAAACUCCCGUAUAUACAGCCAACACCGAUCACAGCUUCCUCCCCCUCUAGAGAUUCCCAAGUUUCCUUCCGAUAGCCAGCGCCUGAGCAGUGUGGCCAGUGGAAGUCCUACCCUAGGAAACGGACCCCUCCCACAUCAGAUCCAGCCAAUGUCAGCUGAGCUUGGACGAGCCAACUCGAAUGGCAGUGUAAGAUCUGGUCUCAGCCACAACGAUGAGCACUACUCCCGCAGACCUGUCGAGAGCUGGACUCCAGUCGGCCAUGAACGACCACCCAGCAGCACAUACACUGCCAGCAUGCACAUCGACCCCAACCAAUACAACAAUGGCAUGAAUUCCUUCUACCCUAAGAGCAACGUCAGCUCUUUCUACCCUGACCAGUCGAAGGGUUCGCUCGAGAUUCCCGACGCUCGGGAUAGCACAUUCACAAUGUUCCCAUCAGGCAAAGCGUCUGGUGCGUCGCCACUUGGCCAGGCGCCCGUGAGCACGUUCAGCUCCAUGUACCCGGCGCCACCACGUAUCGGUGAACCCCAGGACCGUGGCAGCACGGUGACUGUUUUCCCGGGGCCUGAUGCACCUUCGACCGCAUAUGGUGGGUUGCCGAGUCCCCAGUUUGGCGGCUCAUUCUACCCACCUCCGCGAAUAGGACACGACAGCACAGUCACCAUGUUUCCCGGCCCUGAUCCCUCAAAGGACCAGGGCGACAUGUCCUGGCUCAACUUGGGCGCCCAGAAAUGA